CAUUUAACCAGGUUGAAGUCAAACUGAAAUGAUUGGCCAUUAUCUUGCUGAGUUCUCAAUACAUUUAGUUAAAAAGAAGGUUAAUCAUAUUAACAUCAGAAAAAAUGUGUUAAACACCGUGAAGGGUUUUACUUUAGUGGGGUAGGAUAAAUGUAGAUAAGCCGUCACCUGGGAUUGAUGUACCAAUUUAUCAAUCAGACUGAUAAUUUUUCACCUAAUUUUUUUUGUCCCUUGAUUAUUUCAAUGACAACCUGUGUUUAUUUGAAAUCUGGGAAGUAUCGGUUUUGACUUUGUUUCUGAGAUCAGUGACAACUGUCUAUUGUAAUUUAUAAUCCCAAUUACACAUAUGUACUGUGUGUUCAAGUAUUAUUUUUGUUUUAUCUCUUUUAAACUUACUUAAUGGUAGGGAAGGUAUAAGAUGUGAGGAUGGGCAUGUUUGAACUUGUGUACAAAUAUUUUUUCCGCCCCUGAUCAUAUGAACAGAAACAUACUAGUCCCUGCAUGCAGCAGUCUAAAUGUUUUAGUCUUGUCUAUUUAUCCUUUAAUACUAAUAUAUUAGUUUUAAAAUAGAGUUAUUAAAUAUUGGCAUGCCUUGUUAUCUUGUAUGCCUCUUUGUUGCGUUCUCAUGAUUUUAACUUUAAUAUUAGCUUCCCGGGCAUCAUCUCCUGUUUCUAAGAAGGAAAGUCCUCCUCGGUCCAUAACGCCAAGCCCAGCUAUGACUGUGUUCUUACACCAGAAGUAGAUAACGAUGACUCAAAACAUGGAAACAGCGACUUACGAGCACAUGUAGAGGAGCUUACCCACAAAUCCGCAGUUCUAGAAGCCGGGUUAGAAAGGACUUCAAAGCAGCUAAAGGAAGCCACCAUGGUAGCAGGGGAUAAAACUGGAAAAUGUAAAGCUGCAAAAGAAGUGAUCAAAUCUCUCACAGCACAGUUAAAAGAAACGGCUGAAAAUGUUCCCCAGGAAUCUACUGAAAAUCGUGGUAGUCCAACUUUAGUUCCUAAUAGGGAAAAUUUGAGCAACCUCAUUCUUGCAGAAGCCGAGUCCAAUGGGGACUCAGCACAUUCACCCGUACAAAAUGGAUUAAGAGAACAAACUGAGCCCAAGGGAAGAGCCCCAAAUGAUGUACUGCUUUACCAAGGGUGCCACACAUGAAGAUUACUUCACAAUUAGAGGACGUCUUUCUAUCUAUUCCCAUAAAUAUGAUUCAUUGAUGUUUCAGAUUAUCAGUUAAUGAAUGAUAAGAUAAAAGUUGCCUCAAUCUCUCUGUUUUUCUCGGUUUCCCUCAAAUUUUGGGUCUCAGCAACUUAAAAACACUAGGAAUAUAAUGUUCUUCCACCAGUAAAACUGAUACUUCUUCGUGUAGUAUUUUCACUUUGUACCAAGUCAGAUUGGUGUCUAUCAAAAUUUAGAAGCAUGCGGAUCGGGAAUUGAAUACCAAUUAUAUAUUUUAGCAGUAUUUGUUUAAUUAAAUUCGAGUAAGAACUCAAACUAGUAUAAACUGCAUUCUACAUUGCAAGCACCAGAUCCUCGUUCAUGCGACCCAUUUAUAUAUGGUUAUUUCAUUUCAAGCUUUGAUAAUAUGCAGUAUUGUUUUUAUAAGCAUUUAUUGGUUAGUGUGACCUCCCCAUAUUAAUCAUCUGAUGGCGGAACUUAUUUUUGCAGUGCAGGCACACCAUUAUGAACUAUAGGCUAAGUUAUCAUCGCUGGAGUUUACCGUUUUAGUUUAUCAUUAUGUAACUAAAUCUUAGAACUUCAUUAUUUUUCUUGUUGUAAGAACUUACAUCCUGUACUCCGGAUUUUAUUCCUUUUAGUGUAAUUUGAACCUAAUGAAUCAAUGAUGUCGAAUUGAAAGAUUA